CAGAAUUAAAGACAAUCAGAUGUUAGGAGGUCUUUACGGUUUAAAUUUUAAGUAGCAUUCUUACCUUUUUUUAUGUUUGAUAAUACCUACUAUAAUUACAGGAAUUGGGCUAUUUUAUAUAGAUGAAGCUCUUACUACACUGUGUGUUUUGUAAUUUUUGUAUGUAGUGAUACCAGUUAUUUAUAUCAAAUUUUUAAGCAAAGAGCAGGAAUUAAGAGGUACUGAAAAUGAUAGAAAAAAUAGUCUAUUUCAUAAAUGAGUUAGAAGGUAGAUAAGAACAGAUAAAGAGAGGAUUUUCAUUAUUUAGGAGUGCAUUUGGUAUGGUGUUAUUAUCGUUAAUUUUCACAUAUUAUUGGGAAGAAGAAAUUAUGGAUUACUUGAGAAUUCCUCUAUUAGAACAUCCUGUAUAUAUUGCAGUAUUUAUGUUGAUAUUGACAAUAUGCAACCCAUUUAUGGAGGAAUGGUAUUGGUAAUUAAUAAAUAAUAAAUCAGGCGAUUGUUCUUAAUGAAAACUUACAAAGAGAGCGAGAAGUAUAGAUUUUUAAUAAAUCUAUUUUAUGCAUUGUUCCAUUUCAUAAUAUUAAUGAAGAUAUUUAAAUAAGAUUGGGAAUUUGCCAUAGGGUUUUCCACAUAUUUUAUGUCGAUUGGGGGAUCAUUUGAACAUAUCAGAGAAAAGUAUGGAUUCAUAACUUGUCUGAUGGCUCAUUAUGGGAUGACAUUGGCUGCAUCACUAGCUUUAUUAGUUGUAUAUAAAUCAUAAUUGUAAUGA